UAGGUAUGGGAGUGACGAUUUUUGAUAUUUGGGUCAUUGGGCUACUUUGGGCUGGUUUUGUUACGCAGACCUGGCAACCCUGAUUCAGCCUUGAAUGUGACGGUCCGAAAUGAGCUAAAUUUCAGAAGCUACGUUUUUCAAAUACAACACACCAGAUGACUGCUUCAUCAGGCACAAUGCAGCUCAACAGAGCUUUUGCAUUCCUUUGCUUGGUGAUUUCAGUGGGUGCGCAGACGAAUCACAGACUGACCUGCUAUCUGGAUGUUUUAACACACCGCACACGUGAGGGUCCGUGUACUCACAUCAUUGUCCCCUCGAUCUCCAGUGAUGAAGACCUUUACCGCCAAAGCUUGUCGGAAUAUGACCGCAUUAUUCUUAGAAAGAUGAAGGAGAGAAAUCCAACUUUGAAGAUUUUGCUUGGAUUGGAAGUCAAAUCAUCAAGGUUGGAGCUGAUGUUUGCUAAUGAGGGCAGUGUUGAGAACUUCAUUCAGACGGCACUGACAUACUUGAAGGACAAGGGUUUAGAUGGUCUAGACGUGACUUGGCUGGACGGCCCCACUUCUGACGUAUCUACCAGAAGCAAAGAGCUGUUCACAAAUUUUCUGAAGAGUAUAAAAGGCAAGUUUGAAGGAGAAACAGAUCCUCUACUUCUGUCAGUGUCUGUACUAGAGCCCAUUGACCACAGUUCGGCAAGUUAUGAUGAACGAACACUUUCACAGUAUGUGGACUUCAUCUCCAUUCUGCCUGCGCAUCUCGAACAGGAUGGACCUUACAUUAACAAAACAGUCCAACAUUGGCAGGAUCAGCAAGUUGAACUGCAAAAGCUCAAUCUAGUCAUGCCUGGUUUUCUCCGGAGAUCACGCCGAAGGCAUCAUCAUAGACAUACUCCCAAGCAUGAUGAAGUGAAUUCAGAGGACAGAAAGAAGGAUCACAUCAAUGUUUUAGGCUUACACAUGGGCGAUCAGGUGUGUCAGGCCAUUAAAAGUGGACAAGAGCAGUUUAUUACUUUAACAAUUCUCUCAGAUGAGAAUGGUCUUGUCAAGGAGGUGCUCCAGAAAGGCUUUGGUGGCAUUGGGGUUGUCUUAAUAGAUCUGGACGUCUUCGUUAACUCCAUAUGUGUAACCAUUACUCAAGCUGAAAGGGCAAUUGUUGAAUCAAAGGUGAUUAUGCAUUCAUAUCAUGGGCGUGAUGAUCAUCGUAACAGAAGGGACCGUCACCACAGCCACCGCCACCAUCAUCGCUCUUCCCAUCCUCCUCAUGGCAGCCAUCAUUUUGGUCACCAUCACCGCAGACAUGGACACGGACAUGGACAUGGACAUCAUCACCAUGGUCGUCAUCAUCAUCACCACGGACAUGGACAUCAUCAUCACCAUCAACCCCAUCCAAUAAUUCCUCAAAGCAACAUGACCCUGGAAGAACGGCAGGGUGCGGAGUGAACUUGCAUAGGAUGUGUGUUAAAAAUGUAGUGCUUUAAGCUUGGCAAGUUUAAGUUUGAGGCAAAAAAAAUCAAACUUUAAAUAUGCAAUAGGCUACGUUCACACUGUCAGUUUUUGGGACUGACAACUGCAUUUCCUUACAGAUGUGAAUCCAAAAAUUUCCUGUUCUCAAAGCAACUUACAGUAACUAGUACCAGUAACCAUAGCGACAGUGACCAAAGUAAUAUAAAAGAUGGUGAUGUACACAAAUCUGAAGAGUCUUAUCACUUUUGACACGACAAGGUCCAAUUGAGCCGCGAGUUCAUCCAUCAAAUCUUCAUUAACCGACAAAAGCUUCAAUGCAAGCAUGCGCUAACUGGACAGCUUUAACCAUUGCACUCACGUCUCACGUCCUUUGCAGUGUUUCAUGCACAUUUCAGUCGCGCAUAGAGCACAAAACUGACCGGAACAGCUCUGGUGGAGAAUAGUGACUGGAUCUAAAACCUUCAGACGACACACAGCUCAUAUCUCCCUCGCUGUAAGUUAACGAAAGUGAAACCGAACACACGAAACAUCUCUCUCGCACUGUAUACGUGACAGACAACUAGUUGUCCAGUCCGGUUUGCGAAUUUUCUGAGAAUGCGGUUAUGAGUCCUGAAAAUUUACGGGUGUGAGUUCGGUUUUAGAAUGCGGUAGUCACUCCCGUAAAUAACCGAACUGUGUGUGAACGUGGUCUUAUAUAAAGUUUGAGGCAAAAUAAUCAAAUUUUAUGUAUGUAUUGUAUAACACAUAGAAAUAAUACAAAAUUUACCAUUUAAAUAUUACUUUUUCUGCAUUACAAGUUUAAGUUUGAGGCUGAAUAAUAAUAUUUUGUGUAUGUAUUAUAUAAUACAUUUAUAUUAUAGGCUAUAUAAUACAAAAUUUGCAAUUUUUCCGCAUUACAGUAAUGAGCUUGUUUUUGCAUUAUAGUUAUGUCAGUGACAUUUUUUGACAUUGUCAGUUAAGUUUUUAUGUUUUAACUAAUUGCUUAUUAUCAGUGGUGGAAAUGGCUAAGAUUCAUUGGGGGACCAUAUAGUUGGGUAUUUGGGGACAUAUUUUGCAUUUUUAAACCAUAGAUGCAGAAAAUCCCACUAUAUGUAUUAAAUUUGCAUAGUGUUUGGAGUCUAUUACGUGGAUAAAAGAUGGAAAUCCUCUACAUUUUGAACUGGAACUCUGUCCCUCCUUGAAAUUCACUCCUUGGAAAUUUCCCGCCAUUUCCAGCACUGCUUAUUAUAAGAACUUAAAAAUAUAAUCAUGAUUUUUUUUUUUUUGUGUGUUAAAACAUUGAGAUUGUGUUAUUGUGUGUCAGAGAGUUUGAUAACAGAUAAAUACAGCAUUAUGAAAUAAAUAA